AUGUGGCUCGGCACUUUCGACAAAGCUGAGGAGGCAGCCAUGGCUUAUGACGAGGCUUCUUUCCUUCUUCGCGGCUCUAACACCAAUUUUCCUAACAACAUCCCUUGUAAUCCAGCUCUGUCUUUGAAAAUCCGGAACCUUCUCGAUCAAAAGAGAGGCAUGCCUAAUGAGGCCCACCCUCCAAGUCUUGAUCCCUUAGCCACCCAAACAUUUGAAAACAAUCCAAUGUGCUCGACUCAAAUCAACCCUUGUGAUCACACUCCGGCUUACAAUAUGGAUUUCGACAAGAGUGAUGGAUUUUAUGUGCCGGUAAAUGACACACGCCAAGAUUUUGAGCGUUUGAAGUUGGAACGACAAAGAUCAAAAUGCGUUUAUCCAAUGAAUGGAACGACUGAAGAAAAGUGGCUGGAUAUUAGUUAUGAUAAUGAUCUCUUUUGGGAUGUUCCAACUCUGUGCCAAAACUUCGGUCCGAUUUAA